GUCCGUCAGUCGUCGUCGUGCGCUCGACCGAUGCGCACGUGCCGCCCGUCACUUUCUAUUCGGAAUUUUCGAAAAGAUCGAAAAUUCUCGCGCUACUUUGUAUUUUCUUUUAAGUUUUCCGAACAAGUGAUGUACAGUGAUGGUGAUUGGUGACAUAAAUGUGUGAAAUGAGUGUCGUUGCGCGUAUUGUGUAGAAGUCUCGCAUGGUUGAAGAGUAUGAAGUGGCUCCGUUUGAAAUGACAAAACAAUAAACGCAAACAGUGAUAAUGAACGUCCGCGAUUACUACAAACUGUACAAGAACGUGGACCGAGGUGCUGGCUCGAGGGUGGACAGCAGCGACGUCCUCGACAACGACACAGAGUUCAAUGCGAACCAUUUCAAACUGUACGAUGAUUUCACCACUGACAUGCGCAUAAGUUUCAACCCAUUGAGACACAACUACCACGAUCUGGCCAGGAGUGAGGUGCUGAGGAGACGCGGUGAUCCAAACGACUCCGGUGUUGAUAUGGAGAACGGGAACCCCCUGGAUGAUGUGACGUCUUCCAAAGAUAGCGAUUUGUUGGAGAACGAAGUAAUGGUAGAUCCUUGGAGCAGCAUGGACUCAUCGAAUUCGCCAUUAACCGAUUCCGGGCCUUCGGCAAGUGAAGACUGCACUCCCUCCACUUCCAGUGAACCGCCUCGCAGGCAAUCAGAUGUGUUUCCGAUCUCGCCGGACGCGCGCCGCUUACCCGACCAGAAAGACACCAAAUCGAAAACAUCAGCUCCACCAAAAACAACAGACAAGGCGCGCUCGCGAGAUCUCACCCUUGAACUAGAGACCCUCGACCCAGAUCCCCGACAACGCCGGCCGCAUUUCCUCGACGAUGAUUAUCAACCGCCUUCCAGGUCAAACAUAGAAUGUCGAAUUCCUAAACCUCAUUUUCUUGAUCAUUCCCCUUCGCCUGAUGAGUUAGACGAACGUAGUGACAUAACCAACCCAAACUUCCUGGACGAUGAAGUCGACGGCGACGACAGUCAAGCACAAAAGAAAGCCGGGGCGUUACCCAAAAAAACACAGAAAACUACCACGAACUAUACGCCGCAAGAGGAGCGACCGCAUAGGACCAGUUAUAGAAGCACGUUACAUUACGGGUUGGAAAAUGCGGCAAGAUCUAGUGAAAGAGACAAAAGAGCGUCUCAACUCUACAGGGGGACCUGGCCAGGAGAGCGCGACGUCUGGACAGGUCAUGACUCCGUUAGCGUUCGUAGUUUCUCCAGCAAUGGCUCCACGGAGGGGCACAGACCUUCAUCCAAUUUAGAAAACAAAAUGGAGUGUGUCUGUUCGUUAAUAUCACUCUUAAGUUUAUCUCCAGAGAAUAAUGCUGAUUUAAGUGGACCUCUGUUGGAGAUGAGCCGUUCUGUAGAAAGCUGUAUAGCCAUGAGGCAAGCUGGAUGCAUACCUCUAUUAGUGCAAUUAAUUCACUCGAAAGUGCCCAGAGAAACUAGAGAUCGCGCUGCAAAGGCGUUACGGAAUAUCAUUCACACUCAAACUGACGACAAGGCGGGAAGAAGAGAAGCGAGGGUGUGGAGGUUAUUAGAGCAAGUAAGGGAAUAUUGUUACGUUUUAGAAGACCUUGUAGAAGCUAGGAAAGAGGGGAAAGAAGUUAUAGAAGACGAUGCGACUAAGCAUCCGAGUCAGAGCGUCGCGGCCCUGAUGAAAUUGUCCUUUGACGAGGAGCAUAGGCACGUGGUGUGCCAGUUCGGUGGGCUACAGGCAUUAGCCGCGCUCGUCAGCGGUGACCAGGCGGCGCACGGAAGCAGAACUGACGACAACACAUGCCUCACCAUGAGGAAAUACGCGGGCAUGACACUAACGAACCUAACGUUUGGAGAUGGAAACAACAAAUCAUUACUAUGUUCUUUCAAAGAUUUCAUGUUGGCGCUGGUUGAACAACUGGAAUCGCCCAAUGACGACAUGCGUCAGGUAACGGCUGCUGUAUUAAGGAACCUGUCAUGGAGAGCAGACACCAACAGUAAACAAGUACUAAGGGAAGUAGGCGCGGUCAAAGGGCUUACGAAAGCUGCGAUGACUUGUCAAAAAGAAGCAACACUCAAAUCAGUCCUAUCGGCUCUAUGGAACCUAACGGCUCAUUGCUCCAUGAACAAAGUGGCUUUGUGUUCCGUGGACGGAGCCCUGGGAUUCCUCGUGGACAUGCUCAGCUACAAUUCACCGACCAAAACGCUAGCCAUCGUGGAGAACGCAGGUGGUAUCAUGAGGAAUGUGUCGAGUCACAUUGCCGUCCGCGAAGAUUACAGACAAAUUCUCCGCGAGAGAAAUUGUUUAAGUGUCUUGCUGCAGCACCUGAAAUCUCCUAGUUUGACAGUAGUUAGCAACUCGUGUGGUACACUGUGGAAUCUGUCUGCGAGGUGUCCUCAGGAUCAACAGUUCCUCUGGGACCACGGGGCGGUCCCCAUGCUUAGAAGUCUUAUUCAUUCAAAACACAAAAUGAUAGCUAUGGGCUCGAGCGCCGCUCUUAAAAACCUACUAAAUUCGAAACCCGGCAAAACGCAUAUAAUAUCAUUGGACACAACAGCGAGGAAUAUGAACUUACCAGCAUUACCGACGCUCGGUGCAAGGAAGCAAAAGGCUUUGGAGCAAGAGUUGGACCAAAACUUGGCUGAAACCUGCGACAAUAUAGAACCGGCGACUUCUCCUACGACUAGCAAUAGGGAAGAGAAGAAUCUGUUCACGGCAACGGAGAGACAGAUCGCGAUGAACUUGGAGAGGCACAGGAUGACGUCGAGUUCACCGCUAAUGGGCACGCUGACGUCACAGAUAUCACUGAGCCACAGCGCGCAUUUGGCGAGUUACCUUAGUUGUAGUAACACGCUGUUGAAAGGCGCUUUGGUGACGCGAUCUUCAACGGGCAGCGCGGGGAAUGUGAACAGGUCUGAUAGUAAAGACUCGGUCACGAGCACUCAUUCAGACUCGGUAUUCGAAAGGGUCAUGCGGACCGGUAAAGUUCCUGUACCCACACCAAGAAACAAAGACUUGAUGAAGAGCGAAACAGGCGGCGAAGCGUUUAAAAUGUCUUCGAAGAGAUUACCGAAAGACAAUUAUCUUAGAUACCCGUCACAACCACCCAUCCCUCCUCCGAGAAGUUCGACGGAAAUGAGAACCAACUAUACAGAAUCUGGUUUUGACGUCGACCAGGAUUCGUGCGACCAACCUAUUGAUUUCAGUCGAAAGUACUCGGAGACAAAGAACACUGAAGUUGAAACGGAGAAACCUAAAGCAGAAACCAGUAAGAAGUACUCCAAGAAAGAGAACGCCGGCUAUGGCGACUAUCAGGAGACCGAUCUCGACCAACCUACUGAUUAUUCCUUGCGUUAUGCCGAACACCAAUCGGAAACUGGUUCUGAUAUAUCGGAGCCUCCCGGACCUUCAGUGCACGAGGACACCAUUAAACACUUCGCGACCGAAGGAACGCCUUACGAAACUCCCAUUAUAUUCUCAACGGCUACCUCCAUGUCCGACCUUAGGGUCAUCGGGAAAGACGGUAAAGCUAAAACAGCUGCAAAUAUAAAGGAAAACCCCGAGGCUAUGACUCAUUCGGACGAGAAAGAUACUUGUUCUAUAGAAGAUCCUCCGAACCAUGAUAACGAUAGGGCAGCAUCUACUCCUCAAGCUACUUCGGCAUCAGAGCCCGUUAGUGAGAAGAGGGGAGUGUUCGACACCAAAUUUAGCUCGGGGAUGAUAAGUCCCGAAAAGCCGGUUAACUACUGUGAUGAAGGCACUCCUGGAUACUUCUCCAGGGUCAGUUCGUUGAGUAGUUUGGGCGAGCCGACUGAGGAAGACAGCCUGGCGAAGAAGAACGCCAUGGCAACCAUCAAUGUAGAGCCGAGCCCGCCAGAGACUAACACUAGCAGCUCCGCUAAAGACAAAGAAGGGUCUAAAGCGGUGACAUUCGCAACGGAGCCGGUUGCGAUCGGCUCGCAAGCAGAGGCGCCCGGCCGCACGUCCGGUCCCAUAUCCGGGCCGGCUUCACGCUUCGUGGAGGACACUCCGCUCAUGUUCUCGCGCUGUAGCUCGCUCGGGUCGUUGCCGGAGUGCUCGCAGCAUGACGACCAGGGAUCCGUGGUCUCGGAAGUCAGCCGGCUGACGUCCGGGUGCAUCUCCCCGAGCGAGAUCCCGGACUCUCCGGGCGCGAGCGCGCCGCUGUCGCCGCGCACGCGCGCCGCGCCUGCGCACUACACCGCGCCCUCCACGCCGCCGCAGGAGCCGCACAUGGCGGGCUCGGUGUUCGAGGAGCGCGUGUCGCGGUUCGUGGUGGAGCACACGCCGGCGCAGUUCUCGGCCGCCACCAGCCUCAGCAGCCUCACCAUCGACGACGAGCCGCAUGCGCACAAGCAAUCCCUGAAAUUGCUAUCGAAGAAACCGCCUCAAGAGGGUCCUAGCGAAACCUCCGUCUCAAACGAAACGAGAGAAGUCGUUGAUGAUGGAGAGAUCAGAGACCAAAUACAACCUUUGUCGUCGCAUUUCACCUCCAAUGCACAAAUUAAAGAAUCGCAAACACCAGGCGAAGUGUGCAAGGUGUACUUCACGGAGGACACGCCGGCCAUACUGUCCAAAGCUGGCAGUAACUCGAAUCUGUCCGCGCUAUCCAUCGAGUCCACGCCGGCGGGCGCGCGCCGUGACGACACCGCGCAUGAACACGAACAUGCGCGCGAACACGAACACGCGCCCGAGCACGAACACGCGCCCGCAACACACGACGCGCACGAUACAUCGGACAGUUCUAAUCUCAGUGACGCUGCAGAUUUACUGGAGGAGUGUAUACAGAAGGGCAUUGCUAAGGUGGUGAAGAACAAAGGGCCACCGUCCGAGUCAUCGUCCAUGGCGCAUACAUAUAGAGACGACGUUUACAGAUCGCUCCCGCCGUACUUGCGCUCGUCGACAGAGACUGUGAAGAUGUCGCACGAAUUUUCGCGAAACAUGCGAGAAAGUUCGGAGAGCGAGGCGCCGCCGCUGCCGCCCAAGAGCGGCGCCGCGCCCCCGCCGCGACCCCCGCCGCCGCACCACGCAGGGCGUAAACACGAGAGUCGGUUACCUGUGAAGACGCAGCGUGGAUUUCGGGAGAAACCGAAGUUGCCCGCCACCUCCAAUCUCGCCAGGAACGACUCCCUCAGCUCACUUAGUCUCGACUCGUUCGGCUCCACCGACAGGGAGAUCUUCGAGGAGACGGUCAAGGCGGGUCUCAACCCGCGUCCGAGGCAGACUUCAGACAACAAGGGCAAGCCGCACUUCGACCGGCACGCCCGCCUGCACAAGUCGCUGGACCGCAGCGACAAGCUCUCGCACCGGCCCAAGCCGCGCCGCAUCGAGCAGGACCUCGCCGGCCUGUCCCCCGGCUCGCGGCGCCAGCCCGCGCCCUGCAGCCUGCCCGACCGCUCCUCGUCGCUCAGCUCGCUCAGCAACGACUCGUUCGGCUCCACCGACAAGGAGGUGUUCGAGCGCUGCGUGCGCCAGGGCAUGCGCCGCACCCGCCGCGAGCGGCGCGACGCGCUGCACCGCCUCGCGCAGGACGACUACUCGCUGCUGCAGGAGGUCAUCGCGCGCGGCGCCGACCCGCGACAGGCAAAAAACGUCCUCGCGCCGCCUGCGGACCGCGCGGCCGCAGGCGGGCGCGCACCCUCCGCGCACACCCCCUCCCCUCGCACGCCCCCCACUGGCUCUGACGCGCGCGCGCUGCAGCGCUCCAACGAGUGCCUCGCGCCGCCCUCCGGCAACACCACCAUCGAGUCGGAGCGCGACGAACUCGACCGCUCCAACGAGUCCUGCGCCGACGUGCUCGACGGCUCCUGGAGCGACGGCGGCGAGCCCGAGCGGCAGAAGGACGCCGACCCGCCGCCGCUCCCGCCUCCCGCCCGGACCACCCUCGAGUGGACGGACAUCAGGACAGACCGGCACUUGGACGAGUCAAAGCGCAGCAACACAGACACGUGGAACGACAACACGUGCCCCGAUGACGUGACGUUCCCGACGAUCAGCGGGUCGGUGCAUCUGACCUCGUCCAUCCGUAGCGAAGUGGCAGCUCUACCCGACCUACUCGAGAAGAGUGGUCCACCGAACAUGUCCUUCUCGAGACCGGAUCUCACCGACAAGUUGGACGAGGAUCAUCAUCUGAUCCCCAGCCUGCAUAUCAUCGAGGACGCUGACAAAAUACUGCUUGACAACGUACCCGAACCGAGCUUCACCUCGCUGGUCGAUGAUGAACACAAAUUCGACUCUAUUAUAUCCGCAGCGAUAGAAAAGGAAGCUGCUAGACUAGCAGCUCAAUUAAAAAGUUCACAGUACGCAAUGGAAAACAGUGUAACGUCACUCAAUUCUGUCGACUUGGACAACAUAAAGCCACCCUCACAUCUUGGCAGUCUUUUGUCUCUGAGCGCAUCGGCUCAAUGGGAAGAACCGUCUCAAGUAUCGAAAAAGUCGCAACGGAGUCGUAAGAAGUCGCUACCGGUCGCGUUCAUGGUGAAACGUGCUCUUAGCAACUCGAUGAAUCAGGGAAGCUCUGAGCACUUGGAUAGCAAUCCGGUCAGUUUUCUCGAUAACGUCAAACCGCCUUCUGAGAUGGAAAACAUCGACAUGGAAGGCAGUAUGAUAUCGGUAUCGAGUAUAGUAUCGGAAGUGGCUGAAGUCAGAGAUAAGACUCCCAUAGUGUUCGACUUCAAACAACCCGUACAGGACUUCCCGCUGUGCAAUACGUUCAACACGGUGUUCCACGACCUCGACAAGGUGAACCCGCCGUCUCUGUUCGAUGAGAUGGCGGAAUCCACGCUGGAAAUCGAGCAGACAACCGCGCAGCAAGUGGACGACUGCGUGUCCAACACACUGAACGUGGUCACUGAUAUUCCUUCGGGUUCGGAAAACUGCACUCCUCUACCUUCUGACAUUAGCAGCGUUGAAUCCACUCCAAAGAGACAACGGGAUCCCAAUUACCUAACGCCGAAGGAGAAAAGGCACUUGUCUAAAGAUAGAUAUCAGACUUACACGAUAACUGAUCCCGUAGCGGAGACCAGCGCCGUCGCAGAAGUCGAAGAGGAGUUCGUUACUUGGACGAAAUCGGAGAGUGACCGCUCCGAUGACUACGUCACGGCGACCUCUGAACCUAAGUCGAGAAGAAAACUCAGCGCGAAACAAAGAAGAAUGGAAGACAGAGCUAGGUAUCAAACUCAGACUGUAGACAUACACAACAUUCUAACACAAGAGACACACAAUAAAGUUGAUCCGCAUAUCGAAAGUCUAAAGCAGCGAUUGGCAGCUAAAAAGACGCUCAAACAGAAGCGCAUGGAAGACGCGGAGAGGUUUAGAACUAGGACGAUAAGCGAGGACAUACCUCCGUCACCGACAUUUGUCACCAAGGAUGCUAACUUUGAGAACGUGGAGACGACCACAGGGUACGACAGUUUGUCGUCAAAUGAGCUGAACCAUCAACAGAUCCAUGAUGACAGGGCUCCAGAAGACGACGUGUUCUCCAGAGAUGUUGACAGCGGACACAACGAAGACGACUUUGAAUUAAAUUCCACACAAAUGGAAACCUACACGAAAAGCUUCAGAAAUUACUUACCAGUCAUCGAAAGUCCAGCUUCUGUGGACAUGUGUGUGGUCAAUAAUUUAAAGAACAUAGAAAUGACGGCAUCUUUUCGCCGAACAUUACAGAACGACAAAAACCAGAACCCCAGUAGCAGUGACUUCGCAAGCUAUGAAGGAGAUAGCAACUCUGAGGACAAAGCACAAUCUGAAUCAGACCCCGAGACGCCUAGACCAAAACCAAAGAUUAUAAAACCUACCUCUCGAAGAGACGAGAGCUUGGACUCAAAUGAUUCUUUGGAGAAAGAGGAGGCACCCAAGGCUAUCAGGGGUAGAAAGAAGGCUAUGUAUGUGUCACCAUACAGAAGAAGUGCUCCGCCUCCCAAAAAACCUUCCGCACCUCCGGUCAAACCGCCAUCUAAAAAUACUCCAGUUACAAAAGGAACACCAAGUUCCGUUAAAGCUCAUACUAGUGCCAAAAUACAAAACAAAACUGCCUAUAAACCUCCUAGCGCCACUACAUCGCCUAAGAAAUCUGGGCCCAACAAGUCUCCAUUGAAGACCGUUCAACAAAAGCCUAUAACAAUACCGCCGGUCGCGGCGAAGCCUUUGCCAUUAGAACGACAAGGCACCUUCACAAAAGAGGAGAGCUCAGUGCCGGCGAAAGACUUGCCUGUUCCGGACAAAAAGGCUAGUGCUCCGAGGCCGACUAAAAGUGCACCAGCUGCGAAACUAACUAACACUUCCCCCUCCAGACUGCCCCAACUAAACCGGUACACAAGACCACCGGUCGCCAAAACCCAAAAACAACCAAAUAAAACAGUAAAAAAAACUGAACCGGUGAUGAAAAACUCACCCUCUAACCACAGCUUACAAAGCAAUGAAAGUGGGAAGACGAUUACAAUUGCAUCGCGCAGUUCGCGGCAAGGCAGCACCUCUAGCGUCAACUCUAUAACUUCAAAGACAAAAGAUGUAGAAAGUAAAAUCGCUAAUCUGUGGAAGAAAGUGGAACAGGCGAAAAAACAACCAGGAAAAAGUGAUAAAAAAGUUUGGAUCGAGAGUGACAAAACAGAGACGCCAAGACUUAUAAGGAGUUCCACUUUCGAAGGGCAGCCGAAACAGACAAGUGUCGCCAGCAACAAAGCAAAAUCUGCCAUCGGUAUCAGAGUUUCUCAAAUACCGAGCUUGCGACCAAAGUCUACACCAGGAAAGGUCAAUCAGCCUGCCGCCAAGAAACCUACAAACACGAGGGUGUUUUCUAGGAAACAGGUAAACGGUCAGGUAACGACGUAAUUUUGACAAUCGUUUAGAUUUGGACAUCGACUAUUAUUAACCAGGUUCAAUUGUAACGCAUGAGUUUAGCGUAAGACUUGUGUAAUCAAUGUAUUGAACUUAUGACCGAAUUUAUUAAUAGUGGGUACAUGAUCCGUUCUGUGAAUUAUGAAGGACGCGAGAAAGAAUGAUUGAUUAGGUAACGGACGAACGGACAUUCACUGCAAUUAAAAUAUAUUUUUACUUUUCGUUUACAUUAUAAAGAUUCAGAAGUAUAGUUUUGAAAGACAAUCAAUAUUUUUAAGGAACAAAUGAUUUUUUAUAUUUUAGUUUUUCAUAUACAUUUAUGUUUAUUUACAAAAAGAUUGUGAUUCGUUUUAAUCAGAGUAAAUCUUGGCGCACGAUGAUUUAUUUUGUGUAUAUUUGUUGCAUUUAUUCUUUAGAAGGGACAAUUGUCGCAAUCCAUCCCACAUUCGACUGUACAUUAGUUUAUAGAACACGAAAGUCACAAAUGAUUACUGGCAUCGAUAUAUUAUUACAAUAGGUAUAACUGGACAAGAAAUUAUAUUCGUUAGCGGAUCUACAUUGCUUAGCUGACGAGCUUGUCGACAAAAAACAACAGUAAAUUAUAAAAUACCAAUUUAAGGUACAAUUUCCUUAUCGAUAUUCACCACAUUGUUAUCGACCUCGAUGAACCAAAUUUAAGACGGACGCCGCGAAAAUUAAUAGUUUAAAGCAAGCUCACGAUACGUCGCAAAGCUUUUUUAUAUGUAAUAACUACCCUACUUUUCGUUUCAUUCGGCCGCUGGCGCUUUGUCGUGCGAUUUAAAAAAAGAAACAUGAGUCUUCUUUUUUAAAAUGGCCGCGGCGAAGCGAUAUUGUAAAUAUGAAGUGUUUUAAAAUUAUAGCAAGUAAGGUUACCGCGAUUUGUAUAUUUUUCAUAUAAAAAUACGAUUAAUGUGAGGAAACGUAAGGUUUGCUUUGGAGUAAAAAUUGAGACGGAGAGCGCGUUCUGUUGAUCUAUAAUCUCUAUUGUUAUCGUUCAGUAUUUUUUUUAGAUUGUUUUUAUAUUUUAGACCAUAUUUUGUAAUCUUUUAUGUAACUUUCUACUUAAAUUAAGUACAGAACUGUGAAAAUUAGGGAACAUUUAGAUCUUUCCUUAGAGAUAGCUUUAGUUGCCUCAUAUUAUAAUUUAUACUAGUGUAGAGCGCGCUUUCUCGUCUCAUCUUUUUACGUCUAGUCAGUUUUAAUGUUAGAUAAAAAGGGAUUUUCGUAGUUUUGGCUUAAAGAAAUUAAAUUUUACACAUUAAACGCGAGUGGAACGGAACAAUUGUACCAAUUUUUAUUAUAGUUUAUAUUUUAUGGCUUCCUGUAGUUAACGUAUGCAUUUUUUUUUAAUAGAAAUGUAAUAUUUCUAUAAAAAAUACUGCGGAUACCUCAAAUUUUUCUGCAAUUUACCAAUUUUUUUUUUCGUUAUAUUUAUCGAUGUCGAUAUAUGAAAUAUUGAUGUCUCAUUGAAUUUAUUUCUUAGCUCUCAUAUUUAGGAAUAAACUUACCUUCCAUAAAUAAUGAUUUAUACAUAAUUAUGUAUUAUAUUUACCUAUUAAGUUAGCAAAAAGAUUUGAGGAACCCAAUUAGCAAGGGUCGUUGGAGAUGUCUACAAUGCAUUAACCAAUCAUGCAGAUCACUUACAUCGAAAACAGAAUCUCUGACGACCAAAAUUGCUUUUGUUUUCACAAUUGACCAGUGGAGAAGCAUUGUCCUUUGUGGUAACCACAUCUAGUGUUAAUUACCAGUAUUUAGAAGUAUAGCAUAAUAAACAUAUUGAUAGUACUGAAUCAUGUCGCAGUAUGCGCCGUAGUUGCGUUUGCGCAGUUGUCUACAGCCAGUUUUAGUUAAUCACAAUAGUUGUAAGGUGCGUACUUUGGUGGUCAAAUAAAUGAUACAUACCGA